AUGACAGUCCCCGUGUCGCAUGCUUUGGUCGUGGCCGGAGUGGUUUCCUACGAUUACCUCGUCUAUCCCGACAUGAAUACUCCCGACGGGACCUCCACGUCCAUCUCGGCUGACGGCGAAGAUGCAUCGCAGCUCGUCAUCCGGACAGGCGCAGCCGAUCUGGUGGCUCAGCUGCUCACCGCUGCCGCGCCGCAAUGGGGGUUUGAAGUACUUGGGCCGGCCCUCCAACCGCCACGGUCCACUUGUCUGAAGCACAACGCCUCCUCCAUUGUGGAUUUAGGCCGCCGGGAGUCCAACGACGGUCCCUUCUCUUCACUUCGCGUAGUUCGCAAAAGGCAAAUCGGCAAACCUCCGGUGUGGCACUCUCCCCCCGUGGAACAGGCUGAGGCUGCUAAAGCCAGCACCGUGAUCAUCUCCGGCUCGGGCGAGGCGCUUCAUGACGUCGAGCCGGCCUUGGACUUCUUGCAGCGGAUCCGACCUCGCUACAUCAUUCAUCACAUGACAAGGCCUCUUGCGACUGGACCGCUGUGGGACAUCAUUCGAGACGGACCUCGAAUCCGCGAAGGCAUUCCGGAUCCGGACCAUCUAGCUGUGAUCAUCGACGCGAAAGAUUUGAGAGCAGAAGGCAUAUCGCUAAGUCGAUCGCUUUCUUGGGAAGCUACGACCGAGGACUUUGUGCGCAACCUGGGCUCGAACGGACGUCUUGACACCUUAGUAACGUGCCCCAAUCUCAUUGUCAGAUUUGGGAACGAAGGAUUAAUCCAUCAUCGUGGGCGAGACGCUGUUGAUCCCAAGCUCUACUUCCACCCGCGAUCAAUUGAAAAAGACAUGUCUACCCUAGAAGGAGGUCACAUGGUUUGUACAUCCUCGCCGCGGUAGGAACAAACUUCUGAUAGCAACAUAGAUUGGCCUCGCUUCUGCAUUCACUGCAGGCUUUGCAUUGGGCUUCGCGGACUCUUCGCCUCCUAAUUGCGAAAGGGCAAUUCGCCUGGGAAUUUCAGCGGCGCGAGACAUGGACAGCACUGGCUUCGUAUCGAAUCCGAUUGAUGAAGCACCAGACUAUCCUAUUGAUGCAACGGUUGACACACUUGCCCCGGAAAAGAGAUUUGCCGUCGUAAGCGUUCCUUCUGGCCGAAUAAGUUCUGGCGACAGCUGGAACAUCUUCGACGCCGUCACUGGUGAUCCCGCUGAAGUCGCGAGGCAAAUCGUCACUCUUGGACCCGAGAAAGCUCUCGGUCGAUGCCCAGUUCAAAGAUUUGGGCAAUUGCUCAGCGUAGAAAGGAAUGAGCAAGAGAGCCUCCGUGCUGUGGUUGGUGCCGUCGAGGAGCGACUGCGCUCUGAGACUGGCCAACCAACUUCGAUUGCCAUCUUAGGGCGCGACGGCUCGGGCAAAAAAUUCGUCGCAUCCAAUCUUGCACAGCACUUUUCUGUCAACGACGACGUCAAACAACUGACUUUCAAUGCGCGGCUGUUGCGCCAGGAGGAUCUUAUCGCGCUGUGCCAUACUAUCCGCGAUCACACUGCGACAGGUCAUCUGACCGUGGUGUGUUUUGAGAACUUCGAGGCCAUUCUGAAUCCAAAGCACGAGCUCCUCAACGACUUUCUGGCGAUCAUGCGUGACGGUUCGUUUAGUGACCGAGGUCAUGUUCGAUCACUUGGCCGUCCGCUUCUUUUCUUCCUUGUCAAUCAAGAGCCUCCGACUAUGGACGGCACACCCACACCGACAGCAUCGGAAUUCAGAGAACGGCGCACCGUUGAUGAUUCUCUACUACUUGACCAUUCCCAUGGCGUGGUGCGGAUAGCAGGGCCUAACCAAACAGGCAUGCACGAUAAGAUGUUCAGCAUUAGACGCGCGUUGAUGCUCAGGCAGAUGCUGAAGGGCAAAUUUCCACACCUGGACAAGAAUGGCAUGAUCAAGAUCGAUGAGGCCGUCUUGCAUGCACUGCUCCUUGUACCUUCUUUGAAGCACGGCUUGCGAUCACUGGAUAAGAUCCUCAGCACAAGCAGACUUUCUGGCAGAUUCAAGUUCGACGUCUCCGCACUUCCUCCGGAAGAGCAGAUACAGCUUCACGUCGACGGCAGGACGUUUAUGAGCUUCCUCCGAUCGCCCAAACUUCCAGCCACAUUACGAGAGAGGCUAGCCCAAGGUCUCUUUGAGGCGUACAAAAUCCAGCGACACGCAAUGGCACGCACGCCCGAGGAGAAAGAAGCACUGGAGUCGGAUCCAUCAUUAUACGACUGGGAUGAACUUGCGCCCGAGUUGAAGGAAUCUACACGAUCGCAAGCGGAUGACAUCCCACGCAAGCUGCGAGCCGUCAGUUGUUUCAUGCUCGACCAAGAUCGCAACGAGCCUCUGGUGCACGUGCCGGCCUUCACCACCGAGGAGCUGGAUAUGCUGUCCGAGAUGGAGCAUGAGCGCUUCAACGCCGAGCGCCUGCAGCGCCAGUGGCGAAUGGGACCGCGAAGCUCCAGCAAGCGGACGACGCCUUUCCUCGUACCGUGGAAGGAUCUCACGCAGGAUUGGAAGGACGUGGAUCGCGUCAUGGUCGAAUGUGUACCCCGAGUCCUCGCCACGGCUGGCUGGAAGAUUUAUCGCAUGCAGGAAGACGUCUGA